AUGUUAAUCGCCAUCGCAAGAUGGGCGCACCUCGCAGCUACUCUACUUAUUCCCCAACAUGCCGCCCUACAGGACGAGGUUCGUAGACGCCGCGACGAGUGCAUCCAGCUGAAGGCGGUCCUGCAGCAGCAGAACCAGGCACUGCGCUCCUUUGAUCCAAAGAGCAUGCACCUGCGUGGCAGCAAUGUCCAUGAACUUCUGGAAGCCUUCCAGUCCCAGAAACUUGUCAAUCGACAACUGGAAUACGAGUUGAAGGGCAUUACGGAGGAGCACAACAGCAAGCUUUUGGAGAUGACUCAGGAGAUCGAGCUUCUGCGCAACGAACAGGAUGAGCUGCAAACGGUGGCCAAAUUGAAUAACAAAUUGGAGUCUCAAAAUCCACAAGGUCUCAUAAAGUUCCACAGCAUCGACCUGGACAAGAUGCUGCAGCGUCUCCUCAGCACCAUGACGCCGCGAACAGUGGUCGGACUUUUACCUGGAUGUCCAGCGUAUCUCAUAUUCAAGUGCGUUCGGUACACUGAUCUAACCAAUGCCGAUGACAAUGUGCGCGAGCUGCUAAGUUUGCUAAGCCACUAA